AAUAUUCUCAACCAUUGCGAUUUUUAUAAAAUUUAUAACUUUUCCAUUAUGUCCCAUUUCUUGUUGUCUUUCUUCUUUCUCCAACUAUUCUAUCACUCAACCCCAUAUCAUUAUUUAGGGAAAAUUAGCAACCACUCCAUCUCUUCUUUUUUUCUCAUAUGCUCACAGGAGUUCUCUAUCACUCAGUGAUAGCAAGUUGUAGGGAUUCGUUGAUUGGUUCUGAGUUUCUUCAAAUGGAAGUAGCAAAUGGGUCAAGUAUGAGCCAAAUAUGUUUAGCGGUCUACCGUUCAAGAGGCAUCACAUAUCAACUGUGACUGGAGAUCAACACUACUUCCGCUUUCGCUAUUACGAGGCCUUUCUAGCUACUGCCGAAGCCAUCAUAGAUGUGAAAAGAGGCAAGCUUGUAAUGGAGGUUGCCGAGCACAAGAUUGAUUUCGAUAUAUUUAAAAUGGCCAAACACCAACCUUCCUAUGUGGAUGAGUCCAAUAUGGUGGAGGUGAUGGAAGGGUGCGUUGAUGAAGUGAGGAUGGCCCGAUGGGAGGAAAUUGAAGAACUAUAUGUACUUUGGAGGAGGAAAUAGAAGAGCCCCAUGCCACAUUUGAAUCAAUUGGGGAGGAACCAUCUCCCAAGGUAGA